CAGCUCCAGAUUGUAGAGGAGGAGGAGGAGGUGAAGAGCAGCUUCGACGUUCCUCGGCUUGUCUCUUAGUUUGGUGGAUUUCUCCUCUCCACGCUGGGGGUUCGGUUCUGAACGGUUCUGUUGGUCGGGGUUCGUGUUUGCGCAUUUGUUCCGUCUGAAGGCGGAACGAACCGAGCCCGAGGAGAAUCGGUGCAGAGAUGCGUCUCCGCUAAAUCCUCCAGCCGGGCUUUCCUUCUCCCCCCUGCAGGGAGGGGGCUCAUCCUGCCGGAGCGCUCCGGACCCACAAUCCAGAAAUGUCUCGGCUCUUGUCUCUGGUUGUCCUCUGCUGUCUCACGUCUCUCGUCCAGCCCAUCCAUAAUUCAUCAGAUGGAGGCUGUGCCAUCAUCCGGCCACCGAGGGACGGGGGUAUCCGCUACAGAGGCCUGACCCAGGAACAGAUCCGCAGUGUGCAGAUCCUGCCGGUGGACUACGAGAUUGAAUACAUCUGCAGGGGGAACCGGGUCAUCGUGGGACCGAAGGUCAGGAAGUGUUUACCUGACGGCACGUGGACGGACAUGACACAGCAGAGCCGAUGCUUGCUGCUGUGCCCGCGGGUCUGGACCUCUCUGGAGAAUGGCAGGGUGGCGGCGAGGCCUCUUGGGCCGCCGGUGGAAGGGACGGUCCUCCAUUACACCUGCAACGCCGGCUUCAUCCUGGAGGGGAGAAACAUCAGCCACUGCACCAAGCUGGGGAAGUGGGACGCCCCCAAACCCACCUGCCUCUAUGACAGAAACUACACAGGGAAGAAGAAGCUGUACAUCGGAGCUCUGUUCCCCAUGAGCGGGGGCUGGCCGGGGGGGCAGGCGUGCCUGCCCUCGGCCCAGAUGGCCCUGGACCUGGUCAACAACCGGACCGACAUCCUGCCGGACUACGAGCUGGAGCUGAUCUACUACGACAGCAUGUGCGAUCCAGGAGAAGCCACCAAGCUGCUGUACGACCUUCUCUACACCGAGCCCAUCAAGAUCGUCCUGAUGCCCGGCUGCAGCAGCGUCUCCACGCUGGUGGCCGAAGCUGCUCGCAUGUGGAACCUCAUAGUGCUGUCUUACGGUUCCAGCUCACCAGCCCUGUCCAACCGCCAACGUUUCCCCACCUUCUUCCGCACCCACCCGUCCGCCACCCUCCACAACCCCACCAGGGUGAAGCUCUUCCAGAAGUGGAAGUGGACACGCAUCGCCACCAUCCAGCAGACCACAGAAGUUUUCACUUCGACUCUGGACGAUCUGGAGCAGAGGGUGAAGGAGGCGGGCAUCGAGAUCAGCGUUCGUCAGAGCUUCCUCACCGACCCGGCUGUCGCUGUCAAGAAUCUCAAGCGUCAGGAUGCCAGGAUCAUCGUGGGGCUCUUUUAUGAGACCGAAGCCAGGAAGGUGUUCUGUGAGGUGUUUAAGGAGAAACUGUACGGGAAGAAGUAUGUCUGGUUCCUGAUUGGCUGGUACGCAGACAACUGGUUCAAGAUCAAAGACCCGGCCAUCAACUGCACGGUGGAGAACAUGACCGAGGCCGUGGAGGGACACGUGACCACCGAGAUCGUCAUGCUGAACCCCGAGACGACCCGCGGCGUCUCCAACCUGACGUCGCAGGAGUUCCUGGGGUCGCUGACGUCCCGUCUGGGAGGGAAGAACCCGGAGGAGACCGGUGGGUUCCAGGAGGCCCCCCUUGCCUAUGAUGCAAUCUGGGCUCUGGCCCUGGCCCUGAAUAAGACUGUGGCCCCGCUGAAGGCCAAGGGCCGCCGACUGGAGGAUUUCAACUACAACAACCACGACAUCACCGCCGAGAUUUACAGAGCACUCAACACCAGCCUGUUUGAGGGGGUUUCGGGCCAGGUGGUGUUUGACGCUCAGGGUUCCAGGAUGGCGAGGACCCUCAUCGAGCAACUGCAAGGUGGUGUGUAUAAGAAGAUCGGUUACUAUGACAGCUCCCAGAACAACCUCACCUGGAACGACAGCGAUGUUUGGAUCGACAACAAGCCUCCGGCCGAUCGGACCGUGGUCAUUGACGAGUACCGGUACCUGUCCCAGAAGCUGUUUGCAGCCGUCUCUGUGUUUGCCGGACUCGGCAUCCUGCUUGGCAUCGUCUGCCUGACCUUCAACAUCUACAAUGGAAACGUGCGCUACAUCCAGAACUCUCAGCCGUACCUGAACAACAUGACAGCGGUGGGCUGCAUGAUGGCGCUGGCUGCGGUCUUCCCGCUGGGGAUCGAUGGUCACCACGUCAAGAAGCCUCAGUUCCCCGUCGUCUGCCAGUUCCGCCUGUGGCUCCUCGGUCUCGGCUUCAGCUUGGCAUACGGCAGCAUGUUCACCAAGAUCUGGUGGGUCCACACCCUCUUCACCAAGAAGGACGAGAAGAAGGAGAGGAAGAAGCAACCUUUGGAGCCAUGGAAACUCUACGCAACAGUUGGAGUGCUGCUGGCCAUCGACUUCCUGUCACUCAUGAUCUGGCAGAUCGUGGAUCCUCUGCACAUUACAGUCGAGAAGUUCACCAAGGAGGCUCCGAAAGGAGAUCUGGACGUCCUGAUUCAGCCUCUGCUGGAGCACUGCAGCUCGGAGAAGAUGAACACGUGGCUCGGCGUGGUUUACGGCUACAAGGGUCUGCUGCUGCUGCUGGGCAUUUUUCUGGCUUACGAGACGAAAUCUGUCUCCACCGAGAAGAUCAAUGACCAUCGAGCCGUGGGGAUGGCCAUUUACAACGUAGCUGUGUUGUGCCUGAUCACGGCUCCGGUCACGAUGAUCCUGUCUUCGCAGCAGGACGCCUCCUUCGCGUUUGCCUCCCUGGCGGUCGUCUUCUCUGCCUACAUCACCCUUGUGGUGCUCUUCGUUCCCAAGAUGCGGCGCCUCAUCACCCGCGGCGAGUGGCAGUCGGAGCAACAGGACACCCUGAAGACCGGGUCGUCCACCAACAACAACGACGAGGAGAAGUCGAGGCAGCUGGAGCGAGAGAACAGAGAGCUGCAGAAGAUCAUCCAGGAGAAAGAAGAAAGGGUGUCGGCACUCCGCAACCAGCUUGCUGAGCGUCAGGCUUUACGCAAUCGUCGUCUGCCCACUGCUGGCCAGAAUCAGAACCACAACGCCCCGCCACCUUCAUCCCAGCAAGACCCCAAGUCCCUGCUGCCCCCGCCGGGCUACCCGAACCCCACCACGGACAAUCACUCCCUGCCUCCUUCCUUCUCCAACUCCUCCAGCCUGUAUCCAGCCGACAGCAAGAUGAGCCGCAACCACUGUCACAACAGCCAGAUCCCCCUGCUCUACAAAUAAGUUCCAGGUGGGGGGGUCUGGAUGGGAUGGGGCGAGGGGCGGGGGGGUCACAGUGCACAAACAGGGAGACACAAAACACAAAAAGACACUGUGACUUUCACUUGUUUGAUGUGAUGACACUGUCUGAAAUACAGCUCAAGAGAUUCUCACAUCUGGGGGGUGGGGGCUUACGCAGGAACCCCCCCCCCCACCCCCACCCCCUCCCCACAGUUUUCAUCUGACGGCCCAAAUCCUCAAACUGAGUGGAGACAGCACAACAAGAAGCACAUCUCAGAGCAAUGGUACGGCCGGACUCUGAAAGGACCGAUCGUCUCGUUCUCGUUUGUUUCCUGGUUCCGUCGUGGAGACAAAGAUCUUUAAACGUCGUGUUCUUGUUUUUGCGAUCGUCGUCUCCACGUUUUGUCGCUCAAGUUCGUUGAUGAGAUUUUCUCAAACCAGUGGUGGUUUUUAUCGUUCCGUAAAAUUUGUCACGUUGUUCUUUUAGUCACUGACCUGUCAGGAGAACGGCGGACUCGGAACAGGACAAAACAAAUGUACAGUUUUUGUUUUCUUUACAUCUAAACUGAUGUCCGGACUCUGAACAUGUGACUUAUC